AUGCUUCACUCUGGCGUAUCAAAAGCUGCAGCAAUCAAUGCGCUUGACAAGAAACUGACCGAGCCUGAUCCCACCGAGCCCGCCCAGUUUCUCCAGGACCAUGGCCUCAACGCUGAUAAUCUGCCUUUCUGGCUGAUGAAUGUACCCCGAUCACAAUGGACGGCGGAAUGUCCAGACUUUCUACGCGGUACAUCAGCUAAGAACAUCCAAUGUCUGGCUAUACCAGAUGAAGCGUACCAACGCCAAAAUUGGGAGGUGGUUCAAGAAAUCAUCAAGACGAACCGGAUUGAUCUAUUCCAGAGGGUUCCGAGCGCCCUUCGCAGAUACCUAGAAUUUACGGCCCAAAUCAAAGCUCAAUAUGGAUCUGUGAUGCGGUUCAUUGUUCAAAAGCGACUUCAAUGGGGCGAGGGCAGUCCAGACGACAUGAAGCCUACGGGGCAGCCAUUCGAGUUCGAAGAGGAUAUUCGGAUUCUGUACAAUGACUGGCCGUAUGGUGUCAACACGGACAUUGUCCAUCUGGUCGUUUGGACCAAGUUUGAGUUGGAGGAUGAUCCAGCCACUGACGAUCUGACCGCCGAUGCACGCGAGGCGAUCGAGCGGUUCGUGCAGCAAACUUUUUGCUCUCGAGUGGCGUCUGAAAAGGUAAUUUGGUUCAAGAACUGGAAAUCACUGAAAUCAGUACACGCUGUCGAACACUUCCACGUCAUGCUCCAUCAGCCGGAUAUGGCAUUUGUAAGGGAGAUCACCCGAGGUGAUAUGCCGUUGAUUGACCAAAUUUGA